AUGGCUGGUCGAGGUGGGGUAGAGAACAAUACAGAGGGGAUUCUUGUGUGGGAUGGGAAAGUCCCAUUAGAUUGUCAAUCCGACCCAUCCAUCCUACGGUUGAACCCUGAGCGCCAGUGGGAGAUAGCACAUGAACCUCUCCAUUUGGGGAUUGACAUCGGCAAAACUCCAGGGAUUGGUCCAGGAAUAGCAUUUGCUCACGAGUUCAUAGCUAAAGCUGGAAAAAAGGCAGGCGUCGUGGGUUUAGUUCCUUGUGCUAGAGGUGGCACUUUAAUUGAACAAUGGAGUAAAAACCCUAGCAAUACUAGUGCAACUUUUUACCAAAAUUUCAUUGAACGAAUUAAAACAUCAGAAAAAGAAGGUGGGGUUGUGCGUGCUUUGUUUUGGUAUCAAGGAGAGAGCGAUGCGGCUAUGAGUGACACUGCUCAUAGAUACAAAGACAACUUAAAGAAGUUCAUCACCGACAUCCGCAAUGAUAUAAAGCCUAGAUUUUUACCUGUCAUUAUUGUUAAGAUAUCCAUGUAUGACUUUUUUAUGAAGCACGAUACUCAUGAUUUGCCAGCAGUGAGAGCAGCUGAAGAUGCAGUCCAAAAAGAGCUUCCAGACAUCAUUACUAUCGACUCUUGGGAGUUGCCUAUAAACUUUACCACAUAUGAAGGCUUUAGCUGGGAUCAUGGUCAUUUUAAUAGUGCAACUGAGAUUGCUUUGGGUAAAUGGUUGGCUGAUACCUAUCUCUCCCACUAUGGUCAUUUACUUUGAUCCUAUUAUGUGUCAUUCUUUAAUCCCUAUUGAUUGAUUUGAUACCCAUCUCUCCCACUAUGGUCAUUUACUUUGAUCCUAUUAUGUGUUAUUCUUUAAUCCCUAUUGAUUGAUAUGUUAUUCUAUCUCAAUAAAAUCCUUUAAAUCACAUCUUUGUUGAGCU